AUGACGCUACAAGUAUCGUGGGUCCGGCACAGAGACGUCCAUUUGCUCACAAUUGGCCGUUACACGUACACGAACGACCAGCGAUUUCGCGCGAUCCACACUGCCCAUUCGGACGACUGGACGCUCCAGAUAAAAUAUCCGCAGCAUCGGGACAGCGGUAUUUACGAGUGCCAGGUCUCCACGACGCCCCACAUGAGUCAUCUAGUCCAUUUAAAUGUAAUCGUUACCGUAAUAGUCGUCCGCAAUAGUGGUAGUAGUAGCGGUAGCAGCGACUGCGCAAAAUUUAAGCCGAGCUUAAAUUCUGGCGGAGCGCCAAUUGAACACCUGGGAUUGGUUGAUACCGAUGUCGGGCUAAGCUCUAUCACGCGCAGAUAG